AUUUCUCAACUCGUAACCGAAAUACUUGGACAAUUUCUUUUUUCUCUGUACUUUUGUGUGGGAAAGAAAAUAGGAGUCAUAUUCAGUUGCAGAACAACCAUGGGGACUUGAAAAGGUCACCUACUCCAAUACUCAACUCCCACAUUAUACUCGCAGAGUUCAUCAAUGGACAAACACAGAGUCUUGAACUCAUUGAAAUCUCAACGCCCAUGAUGAGGUUUUUCAGGGUUCAUUCUUGCAGACCUUAAUCGGCUUUCUGUGUCUGGAAACAGGCCUUUCAUUCUCAUCUUUCAUGUAUACACCGAGAUUGAAACUUUAGCUUGUUGAGUCAACAAAUGGGUUCUUUGAAGAUUCAAUUUUGAAGGCUUUUUAUACGCUGUUUGUGCCUCAAAACAAUAAUUUCGGCUUCUGGGUCCUCAAAAUGGCUACUUUAGAGAUGUCCCACAUAGAUUUGGAGUGCGGAUACCGGAGCUCCGGAGGAGGCCGCGGCAGCGGCGUGACCAGUGAAGUGGAGGAGGAGGAGGAAAGUGUUUGCUUCUCAGACGCUGAUGACGGGUCUUGCCACUCUCAGUUCUAUUCCACUGCUGAUGGUGAUGGUUCUUAUGAUGAUUACAGCUUUGCCUGUGGCUCCGAGAUUUUGGAGGAUGAGGCCAUGGAAUCUAGGAGAGUUUCAUCAGUAGCUGAUCCUUCUGACUCUGUGGAUUUAGAAAGUGGUGAAAAGAAGGCGCAUUUGGGAAGCCUUGAGAGAGAUUGUAGGAUUUGCCAUUUGAGUUUGGUGAGUAGUAGCCCGGGUUCUGGGAUUGCCAUUGAAUUGGGGUGUUCUUGUAAGGAUGAUUUGGCCGCUGCUCACAAGCAUUGUGCAGAGACUUGGUUCAAAAUCAAAGGAAACAAGACUUGUGAGAUUUGUAAUUCAAUUGCAUGCAAUGUUGCCGGCCCUAUUGAUACUGAGACUAUACAACAAGCCAGUGAGAGUAGCACGGUUGUUGCGGCCACAUCCUCAGCUCCACCACCCUCCAUUUCCGAAAACCGAACGUGCUUAAACGGUCACCGGUUUCUUAAUUUUCUUCUUGCUUGUAUGGUAUUUGCAUUCGUCAUAUCUUGGCUUUUCCACUUCAACAUCCCAUCUUAAGUAUUUUGUGAGGGUGCUUGUGAAGAUUGUAAAGAUGAUGCCAGAUUUGAUAUAUUGCAAUUAUGAAUUAAUAGGUACUA